AUGCGUUUGAGAAAACCAAUCAAGCUAGAGAAGGGGACAAUCACUCUUGCUUUUCCAUUCAAGGAAGGCAUUAUGAUUGGGGUUGAUUCUAGAAUCACGCGGAAACAAACUAUAGUUUCAGACAAGAAGCAGAAGUUUUUUGAAAUAUCAUCUAACAUAUUUUGUACAAUGAUGGGGAGAGUUCAUGUCUUGGAAAACAUGGCCCUAUAUGUGCAGCAAAAGGUAAAGAGCGAAGAACGUCUUCGCUGUGCACCUGCAACAGUUUCAUAUGCAGCAGAAAAGGCGCUUGAACAUUUAGAGUACGAAUUCAGUGACUGUGAAUAUAUGGAGGAUGAAGAGGAAUUAAUAUUUGGCACUAUCAUCGCUGGAUGGCAAAAAACAACGGUAACCAACUGA